GAGCUGUACAGUUAUCCAGGAGACCUCUAGGCGGACAAUUUUCUUGUGGUGAUGACAUCGCAAAACAUAACGUUUUAGUCUUGAGGCUCUACUGUACACUCGGCACUUCAGACAUAUAAUCGACAAGAAAUUUCAAAAACAACAAUAAAACUAUUUGUAGUUGAGAAAGACGCCUUAGGCGGAGACGUUACCCAUCGAGUUAUGUGGCAUUAUUUAACACGUUCAGGUCUUAGCAUAUACGAAUAUUAUAUUGUUUCUAUUCACAAGUAAACUGGUAGUCUUGUGAAGACCAAACCCAGCCAGCCGAAGCUGUCAGCAGUGCUACUCCCUUCUGAGUCAUGCAUUGAAGCAAAACAAAUCUGAUCGUAGCAGCAAAGCUAACAAGACGUCGAACACGCAAGUGCCCGUUCAUUUGUUCUUCCUUCUAGGAUUCCUUUAAUACCCAUCUACCUCUGAUUUUUCACUACAUUGCCACCCAUCUCUCGUUGCCUGAAGCCAUGGCUGCUAACAGGAAUGCUUUGACCCUUCACAAAGUAAUAAUGGUGGGCAGCGGUGGUGUGGGCAAGUCAGCACUAACACUGCAAUUCAUGUAUGAUGAGUUUGUGGAAGACUAUGAGCCCACCAAAGCUGACAGCUACAGAAAAAAGGUGGUUCUGGAUGGAGAGGAGGUUCAGAUCGACAUCCUCGACACGGCGGGACAGGAGGACUACGCUGCCAUUCGGGACAAUUACUUCCGCAGUGGAGAGGGAUUUCUCUGCGUGUUUUCCAUCACAGAAUCGGAAUCCUUUGCUGCUACUGCUGAUUUCAGAGAACAGAUCCUUCGGGUAAAAGAGGAGGAGAACGUACCUUUCCUGCUGGUGGGAAAUAAGUCAGACUUGGAGGACCGACGGCAAGUCGGGGUGGAGGAGGCCAAGGCCAGAGCAGAUCAGUGGGCAGUCAGCUACGUCGAGACUUCUGCCAAAACCCGUGCAAACGUAGAUAAGGUGUUUUUUGAUCUUAUGCGUGAAAUCAGAGCCAGAAAAAUGGAAGAUGGCAAAGAGAAAAAUGGAAAAAAGAAGAGGAAAAGUUUGGCAAAGAGAAUUCGCGAAAGAUGUUGCAUUUUAUAACGACUGGGUCGCACUAUAACACUAACGUCUUUUCUCUACCCUUCCACUGCUUCCAAAAAAAAUCCAUCAGGUUUCAUCACUCUCCAGGCAAAAAUCCUGGAGAUUAUCUCUUUAAAACACAUCUAGGUUACAGUCUGUGUCUGUUUCUUCUCAUUGUUGUUUCUCAAUGGGUAUAAGAGGACAGAACAUCAGAUAUGCAUUAAAAUGACAAACGGUUUUAAAUGUCCGCCAUAUCAGAUGAAAGCAUUUCUCAGCACAAGCACACCAGAACUGACUACUAGAAUCAUUAUUACUUGGAUUGUGUUUACUUUAGUUACUUUUAGGUGAAUAUGAGUAAAUUGAUUGCUAAACACUAAUACUGUAGGAAAAAUACUACUACUCCAAACUAUUUGUUAGCAAAUUCACGGCGUGUUUAAACCUUCUGUUUUACUCCCUAAAGUAAAGCCUUAAUGUUACAAAAAUGUUGGGUGUCAAGCUGCUUAAAUGCUUUUAGUCAUUUUCUAAAAGAAAUUUAUAGCUCUAUAUCUUUGCCUAACAUAAGCAAUGCCGAAUAUUACCAGGGAAAUACACAGCUCAUAAACAUUGGAAUCAAUGAAGUUUAUUCUUGGCUCUUUUACCAAAACCUUUCUAUGAAUUCAAAGUCUAAAAGCCCAUGCAUUUCAGAAAAGUUGGUACUGUCCUUUAUUUCAUUUUAAUGAGUCUAAAAGUGCACCAAACUCGUUUCAAAUAUGUGAUUUAACAUAAGCCAAUCCCUCCUAAAACACACAUACAUCAAAUAUUUGUAGUUAUAGGGCUCAUCCCUGUGUGUAUGGCACUAGAUUUAGAGGUUUGUUUUGUGCUAUCUAGGGAUCCCAGCUCACACAGAUUUAGCAAUGUAGAAAUGAGAACAUAAUUUAGCUUGAGUUGACUUAACUGCAAAAGCAGGUUGGAAUGUUUUGUUACACAGACUGAAUUGUAUACUUUAUUAUAACUUAUAUGCAACGGAAUAUUUCUUGCUACGUUUAUCCUGUGUAAUUAUAUUUUCUUAUUGUAAAGUAAAAUUUUCAGAAUUUGAGUUCUAGGGGAAGAGUAUAUUGUGAAAUCACGCUCACUCAUAGUAAAACUAAAUUCUAUAAGGGCUGGACACAAUCUGCUUUUCAGACCCCUGCAGACCUGGAGUAAACCAGAAUCAUCAGCCUUUGAUGAAGUUUUGAAUAAGCACAUCCAUGUGUAAAUAAAUAUGACGUUGACAGUUUAUCUCCAUAUUAAUGCUUUUUUUUCUUUUGCAGUUAAAACUACAGUUUCCUUUAAAUGUUAACGGUCUGUAAGCCUCUUUUAAAAUGUGACUGUCUUUAACCAAAUAUUUGUGUGUAUUGUGGCAUAUGCAAGUUUUCUUUCCCUUUGUUUAUUCAGUCAUAGUGGGUUGCUAUUCCUCAACAAACUCUUCAGUGGUCUGUUUGUGCGGUAAGCAUGCCAGUGUGGCAAUGAUGCUGAUAUGUCAACAGCUGAUGCCUCAAGAGACCCCUCAUUACUUAAAAAAUUGACUUUCUUUGAGCGCAAAAAAAGAAAGUUAACAAUACAAGACAUUUUAAUAUAA